AUGAGUUCGAACCCUUGGGCUAAAAGAGACGCUUGGAGAUACGAAGGCGAGUUUACUCGCUUCAACCGUUUCAAGAAUGCCUUCCCAGGUUUGGGAAUCGCCGUUGCUGCCUUUUCUGUCUACCUCGCAUACGACAAGCUCAUUGCUAAGAAGGACGACCACGGGCACCACUGA